GGCCCGAGCGACGCGGGCUCUCCAAUCUGCCAUUUUCUGCUUCGGGAGCCGUGGGAUACCCCGGCUCCUGUCUCCCUUUCCCUUUUCUCCUCCCCUCCCCGUCUCUGUCCUCUGCGCCCUCCCGCCACCGAGAGACCAUGGCCGCCGAGCCCGCUGCGAUCGCCGAGCUCGCCCCAGCCGACAAAGGGGAAGAGGAGGCCCCUGCUCCAUCCACAUCUGCAGAUACAACUGAUAGCAUGGAUGUGGACAGUGAGUCUAAGAAGCUGCUGGGCUUGGGGCAGAAACAUCUGGUAAUGGGAGACAUUCCAGCAGCCGUUAAUGCCUUCCAAGAAGCAGCUAGUCUCUUGGGUAAGAAGUAUGGAGAGACAGCUAAUGAGUGUGGAGAAGCCUUUUUUUACUACGGAAAGUCUCUUCUGGAGUUAGCAAGAAUGGAGAAUGGUGUGUUAGGAAAUGCCCUGGAUGGAGUCCCAGUGGAUGAAGAUGGAGAGAGAGCAGAAGAUCAAUCUAUGGUAGAGAGUACUGAUAACGUAGAGGAGGAAGCCAGGGGCGUAUUGAAAGAACAGGCCUCUGAUGCCCCGAAGGACCAAGCGCCAGCACAGAACUCCGAGGCCGAGGCUGAGGCCCCCGGGGGGAAGGUCGAGGAGGCGGCUGCGGCUGCUGCUCCUGCUGCCGACCCCAAAGAGGAGGCUCAAGAAAAUCCCGCAGAAGCCAAGAGCGGGGCAGUUGACGUGGAGAUGGAAGAAGUGGAGGAUCAGGCAGAAACAACCCCUAGAAGCCCUGAGAAGGCCCCAAGCACGGCCCAGGAGCCUGAGCCCGAGGCUGUGGCUGCUGCCGAGGAACCGGCAACGGGCUCAGAGGCCGCGGCUGCUGUGCCCCAGGAUGGGCAGCCAGAGGGAGAAGAGGAGGCCAGAGAGGAAGCAGUUGAGAAAGCAGUUGAGGAAAAACAGGCAGAAGCCAUUGUCAAAACAGAGGAAAGCCCCCAAGAUGCUUCUGAAGAGCAGCCAGGCCCAGCCCAAGAAGAGACAGGAGCUGAAGUUGGGGCAAAAGAAAAGGAAGCAGAUGGGGCCGGAGGGGAAGAGCCGAAGGCUGAGGAAGCCCCAGCAGCAGCGGUGUCGGAGACUGAGCAGGGAGGAGAAGAAGCCGCCCAGGCCACAGAGGAGCUGGCAGAGGCUGCAGCAGAGGAGGCAGUGGUGCCUGUGGAGGCCCAGGAACCUGCAGAGGCCCAGGCCGAGAUGCCAGGUGAGGAAAAGCCCGGUGAGGAGAAGCCCAGCAAGGAGAAGCCCAGCGAGGAGAAGCCCGAACAGCCCCCAGCGGCCACCCAGGAAGAGGGUCAAGAUAGCAUCGCUGACCCAGAGGAAGAGCGCCCUGCAGAAAACCAGGCUGCCCCCGAGGCCAAACCUGCAGCAGAGGCCCAGCCUGCCCCUGAGGGGCCCGAAGGCACCCCAGAAGACACAAAGGCAGCUGGCGAUGGGCCAGAGAAGGGCCCUGAAGACCAAGAGGCUCUAGGAGCACCCUCCGAAGAAAAAGAUGAGCAGAUGGAAGAGGAGGAGGAGGGAGAAGAAACUGAAGGCUCUGAAGAGGAGGAUAAGGACAAUGAGAGAGAGGCCGAAGAGCCCGGGAGCGAUUCCAAACUGGAAAACAAGGAGAAUGAAGAUGAGGACAUUGGAAACCUGGAGCUUGCCUGGGACAUGCUGGACUUGGCCAAGAUCAUCUUUAAGAGGCAGGAAACAAAGGAAGCCCAACUGAAUGCCGCUCAAGCUCAUCUGAAGCUGGGAGAAGUGAGCGUGGAAUCAGAAAAUUACAGCCAGGCCAUAGAGGAAUUCCAGGCCUGCCUGGCCCUUCAGCAGAAUUACCUGGAGGCCCACGACCGGCUGCUGGCUGAGACCCACUACCAGCUGGGCCUGGCCUACUCCUACAACAGCCAGUACGGGGAGGCCGUGGCGCAGUUCACCAAGUCUGUGGAUGUCAUCGAGAAGAGGCUGGCCAUGUUGAGUGAGCGCAUAAAGGCGACUGAGACGCCCUCUGCCGAGGACGAGAAGGAGGUGGAGGAGCUGAAGGAGCUGUUGCCCGAGAUCAAGGAGAAGAUUGAAGACGCCAAGGAGUCCCAGAGCAGUGGGAACGUCGCUGAGCUGGCCCUGAAGGCCACCCUGGUUCAGGCUGCAUCCGGAUUCACAUCUAGCAGUGGGAGCUCUUCAGCCUCAGGGAUCGCGGCCCGGAGACCCACAGAUGGUGCUGCUACGACGUCCUCCAACUGUGUGACCGACAUUUCCCACUUAGUCAGAAAAAAGAGGAAACCGGAAGAAGAAAGCCCCCGGAAAGAAGCUGAAGCUAAGAAGCCCAAGCCGGAGCCAGCUGUCAAUGGUGGGGGUGGGGGUGGGGAUGGGGAUGCUGCUGCCACUAGUCAGAAGGAAGCCACAGAAGCCAUGGAGACAGAGGCUGAGAACCAGACACCAGCCGAGCCUGGAGCUGCCACCGUACAAAGCACCGCGUGAACCUUCCCGAGGGAGGCAGGAGGACCCCUCUUCUCUCGAAGGACGAUGCUUUUGUAUAUAAUGUAUUUUUUCACUUUUGGGGACUCUUUUUGUAUAACUUCAAUAAAGAUUGUACGCAAAGGUUGAA